GGCGCGCGUCUCACUCCGCCGUCACUUGUUCCAUUUCUCUAAAACGGUAAAACCUCUUAGACUUGAAUCCACUGAAUCUCAUGGCUUGGUGCCAAGGUUUCGACGAAACCCGUCUUCUCAUCGCCGCCGAUCCUCCCGCAACCGGAGACGGCGCCGGAAAAAUGAUUUCGCUCCGACAUCCGAAGUCCGGAAACACAAUGUGCUGUCUUUUAGUGGAUGGUAUGCUCCAGGAGCUUAACUGGUUCAGGCAGUCCUACAGUUCUUGGUUUCUUGGAGACUAUGUUUCCGAGGAUGGUGGGUUAUACACCGCCACUCGACUUGAUCCUGUUUUUGUUUUGUUGCCCAUUUUCGAGGAAGCUAGAAUGAAGAAGAGGGAUGAUCCUGGCAAGUUCAGGCCGUUGGAUGAGAUAAUCUUUGUUGAUGGCUAUCCCGCGUAUCAGCACCUAUUGUCCAUUGCAGAGGUUUCUAUGCAAGUAGUUUGUGAUAUCAAAGAAAUUGAUUCCACCAAAUAUUUUAGGCUUGAUGACUCCAAGGUUCUGGCUUGGCUGUACCACAAGGCAUGUCAGCUGAAAGAGACGCUAUCCACGUUGGACAGUAAUUAUGCUGCAAGGGAAGAUAAACAGAGAUUGACUGAUGCGGUUUCAAUCUUAGGGGAAUACCUGAAGGAUGAGCCCUGGUUGAAGCUUUUGUGCGACCGUUUGAGGAUAGAUUUACCAGAGGCACCGAAAAAAGCACCAGACACUGAAACUCUCCCAACUGCGUACGAAAGUAGCCCAGGGAUAUGGAAUGGCUCACAGGAAAAGAGCAAAAGUGACAAUAAGGUCACUACCAGAGCAGCUGGAAGGCAAGCUAAAAAGAUCAAACCGGAGACGGAAUCACAUAACAUCAGAGACAUGUUCACGAGGGCCUCAUCAAGAAAGAAGUGAAUCAAUAAGGAAACACAGUUGUAAAUCCUGGGAUUCAUUCAUCAUGAUCAGAACUUGUAAACCAUUUCAAUGAGCAACUACUAUUUCUGUAGCAUUCAUUAACAUAGCUUCUGCAAUUGUAAUGACUCAUUGGCUGUAUCACUAUUUGUGUCAAAGUCCAGCUAAUUCAAGUUCAAUAUCCACUGUUACUGUACAGAUUGAAAACCUAUUAUUGAGGUUGAUGGAGAC